GAUGGCGGCGGGUGCGUGAGCGCGGCGGGCGGGCAGUCGGGGAGGCCGCCGGGGCGCGGGGGGGGGCCCGGCCGCCGCCCGCCGCCAUGAAGGGCAAGGAGCGCUCCCCCGCCAAGGCGAAGCGCUCGCGGGGCGGCGGCGAGGACUCGGCCUCCUCCUCCUCCUCCUCGGCGGCGGCGGCGCGCGGCGAGCGGAGCGGCAAGAAGCCGGGCGGCUCCGGCGGCUCCAACGGCGGCGGCGGGAAGGCGGCGGCGGCCUCCGCGGACGGCGGCGGCGGCCGGCGGGGCCCGCACCCGGACAAGGCCGCCCGCGCCGGCAGCCGCGAGUACGAGGCCGGGGCGGCGGCGGCGGCGGCGGGCGGCGGGGGCGGGCGGCACGGCUACGGCGGCGGCAAAGCCGCGGAGCCGUCGCGGAGCGGCGGCAGCCGGGGCGGCGGCGGCGGCGGGGGCGAGUCCCGGGCCCCGGCGGCGGCCGCCCCGUCCUCCGAGGCGGGCGGCGGCGGCGAGUACAAGACGCUGAAGAUCAGCGAGCUGGGCUCGGCGCUGAGCGACGAGGCGGUGGAGGACGGGCUCUUCCACGAGUUCAAGCGCUUCGGCGACGUGAGCGUCAAAAUCAGCCGCCUCCCGCCCGGCACCGGCGCCGCCGACGAGCGCGUGGCCUUCGUCAACUUCCGCAGGCCCGAGGACGCCCGCGCCGCCAAGCACGCCCGCGGCCGCCUCGUGCUCUACGACCGCCCGCUGAAGAUCGAGGCCGUCUACGUGGGGAGCGGCGGAGGGAGCGGCCGGCGGCGCGGCAGCCGCUCCCCGGCGCUGCUGGACAAGGAGUCGCCCUACGGCGCGGCGGCUGUGGGGGUCGCGGCGGCGGCGGCGGCGGCUGUGCGGCACCCCCCGGCCGGGGCGACGCAGCGGGCCUUGUCCCCCGCCGGCAGCGGCGGGGCCCUGGGCUAUCGAGACUACCGGCUGCAGCAGCUCGCCCUCGGCCGCCUGCCGCCUCCGCCCCCUCUGCCCAGGGAGCUGGAGAGGGAGAGGGACUACGGGGGCUUCUACGAAGCGCGAGUGCGGCCGGCCUAUGGGCUGGAGCGGGUGGCCGGCGUGGCGGCUGCCGGGGGCUUCCGCGGAGGAGGCGGGGGCGCCGGAGCCGCCGGCGAGGAGGAGAUCAGCCCGGAGGACGACCAGAGAGCCAACCGCACGUUGUUCCUGGGCAACCUGGACAUCACCGUGAGCGAGACAGAUUUACGCCGAGCCUUCGACCGUUUUGGGGUCAUCACUGAGGUGGACAUCAAAAGGCCGGGUCGGGGGCAAACCAGCACGUACGGUUUUCUUAAAUUUGAGAAUCUGGACAUGGCGCACCGGGCCAAGCUGGCCAUGUCAGGCAAGGUGCUUCUGCGCAACCCCAUCAAGAUCGGGUAUGGCAAAGCCACUCCGACUACCAGGCUUUGGGUGGGUGGCUUGGGGCCCUGGGUGCCCCUUGCUGCCCUGGCCAGGGAGUUUGAUCGUUUUGGCACCAUUCGCACUAUUGAUUACCGCAAAGGUGACUCGUGGGCCUACAUCCAGUACGAGAGCUUGGACGCGGCGCAGGCGGCCUGCGCCCACAUGCGUGGCUUUCCCUUGGGCGGGCCGGAUCGCCGGCUCCGCGUGGACUUUGCGGAUACUGAGCAUCGGUACCAGCAGCCCUACCUGCAGCCUCUGCCCUUGCCGCCCCCUGCUCAUUACGAGCUAGUGGCAGAGGCAGCUGCUUUUGGGGCUCACCGGGGGGCCCCGCCUGAUCCGCUCCGGGGGGCCCGGGACAGGACGCCGCCAUUACUCUAUAGAGACCGUGACAGAGACCUUUAUCCCGAGACGGAGUGGGUGCCACCCCCGCCCCCUGUACGGGAUAGGAGUAACCGGGCAGCUGCCUAUGACCCCCUGGAAAGCCUAGAACGGCGUCGGGAUGGUUGGUCCUUGGAGCGGGACCGAGGGGAGCGGGAGUUGGGCAGCAGUAGCAGGGAGCAGCCUAGAAAGCGGAGGCUGGCAGAGGACGGAGGCCGGCACUUGGACCGCUCGCCAGACAGCGAGCGCUCCUCUUCCUCCCGAAAGCGUCACUGUUUGGCCACCACCUCUCCCCCAGACCGCAGCCCAGAGCUCCUUGGAGGGAGGGAGCGUUACAGCAGCGACCCGGAGCGCUCGUCCUCCCGCUUGCUGCUGUUGGAGCGGCCCUCACCCAUUCGGGAGUCGCGCAGGGGCAGCCUGGAGCAGGGCCAGAACGAAAAGCGCGACCGCAAGAAUUCCGCUGAAAGGGAGCGGAAGCAUCGCGCUUCUGCGGCAGCCGCCGCGCAGGAGUGCAAAAGUCCAGCCAAAAAGGAUGAACGCGCUACAGAAGGAGGUGGCGGAGGCUCCCGGCUCAAACCUCCACCUCAGAAACAGCAGCAGGACGGAGCGCCGCAGGCCGGGGGAGCCUCCAAGCUGUGCUUGGCUUGGCAGGGGAUGCUUCUGCUGAAGAACAGCAAUUUCCCGUCCAAUAUGCAUCUGCUUCAGGGGGACCUCGGAGUUGCCAGCAGCCUCCUGGUGGAAGGAGCGACUGGUGGGAAAGUAGCGCAGCUCAAGAUCACCCAGCGUCUGCGUCUGGACCAGCCCAAGCUGGACGAGGUGAACCGCCGCAUCAAGGUGGCGGGCCCCAACGGCUACGCCAUCCUUUUGGCUGUGCCGGGCACAUCAGACAACCGCUCCGCGGCUGGAGCUAGCGAGGCCGCUACGACCUCCACCCAGAGGCCGCUCAGGAAUCUGGUGUCCUACCUAAAGCAAAAGCAGGCUGCUGGGGUGAUCAGCCUCCCUGUGGGGGGCAACAAAGACAAGGAGAACAGCGGGGUCCUGCACGCCUUUCCGCCCUGCGACUUCUCCCAGCAGUUCCUGGACUCCACGGCCAAGGCGCUGGCCAAAUCAGAGGACGACUAUCUGGUCAUGAUCAUUGUCCGGGGGGCAUCCUAAGGCCCUCGUGUUCUCUGUACCCAACCCUGCCUACUCCUCCACACAGCCCCUCCAGCGUGUGCCAGGUGCUAUGGGAUACAGCCUUAGCCAGCCCUGUCAUUAUUUUUAAUUAGAUCUUUGUUUGUAGGUGACUUUCCCUGCCCAUUUUUCUGUUACUACAUUUUUCUAUAAAGUUAGGAGCCAGAAAGGUUGGUUAGCCGUUAGUGUGAAUAGGAAGUUUUGAGAAUCCCUUAUCCGUGGGGAUAGCUGGGAGGCUAGGCCUGCUUUGAUUUACAAAAAAAAAAAAAAAAAGAAAAAAAAAGGAAAAAAAAAAAGAAAAAAAACUGGGGGAGGGGGUGGAAGAACAAACUCCCGUCUUCGUAAUUUUGAUUCGUGUCCUUUUUUCAUUUCAUGUAUUUUAAAGCAAGUUCGAUAGCUCAUUCUCUAGAGUUACAAACCUAAAAGACCAGAUUUAAAGCACUCAGUAUUUUAAAUGGAAAACCACAGCCCUGCUAGUGGACUGGUGUCAACUCAUUUUUGAGUCACUGAAAUUCUGUGACGGCCUCAGGCCAGCGGCCCUUUGGCGCGCACGAUCCCUUUCCUCAGGAGCCUGAAUGGUUUCCCUUUGAGUUGCAUGGCUCGAGGUUGAUUUCUUUCAGGUGACCAGCACCUGCUCUUGGGUACACUGCAGAACAUGAAUUCCUUUAUCGGGUGUUUGAUAAGUUCAUCCGGCCCCACGAAAUGCAUGCACUGAAGGUAUGCUUUUUUAACAGGUGUAUUUCUCCUAUUUCUCUGAGUUCUGUCGUAUCCCAUAUAUGCACUUUGGGUUUGUAGCAGCGACGAUGUUUGGUAAAUAGCUGAGGACUUUGUUACAAACCAUGAAUGUCUUGUGCUUACUCUGGUAUGCAAGCAACAAGGAGGUGCUUUAAGAAUAACCUUAGUUAUAUUGUGGUUUUUUGUUUUUACUGCCUUUUUCAAAGAGUUGCAGGUACAGUGGGGUCUGGUUCCACAGUGCAAACUCUGAGCAAGUGUGCUUCUCUCCAGAGAUGGUUUUAAUUCUGUAAUAAUUUAAUUACAUAAAAGUUCUCAUUAUCAUUUUACCUCUUUGUUAAUAGCAAGGAACUGCUGUCUGCUAGAGACUUUUCAGGUACAGUACAGUGGGCAUUACAUGAGGUUUAUAAUUCUGUGAUAACCUGGAGCAAGGUGCUUUCAGCAUCUUGGAGAAGUUUAAAAGUAAUUCGGGGUGCUGAGGUGAGAGUUCUUCUUCGUGUUAUCCUAGGAGGAAGCAGUUUGCCUUUUUCCCAAAGAACUUUGUUCAUUUUCUCGUGUGCGUUUCUCCCCUCGCUGGGCGCUCUGCUCCAGCUGUUUUGGACGCCUGGCUAAUACAGGCAGCUCUGAGGGAGGAAGGGAUCCAAGUCCCUCGUUCUGUUUAACAACCGCAGGGGUGUUGCAGCUAGCUUCUCAAAGUGUAAAUCUGACUGUAUCUAUAUAAAGGCCCUAAAAUGUGACCUUGCACUUAAAGCCAGAAUGUAAUCUUGCACUUAGCCACAUUUUAAGAGGCGGGCAAUGUACACGCGAUGCUGCUUCACUCGGUUGGUCCUCCGACGCGUCCCCUGGGUAACUGCUGUGGGGCAAGCUGCUUUCUGUUUCAACUUAGAUGACGCAAAAAUCAAAUUCAGAUGUGGGAUGGGCUGCCAGUAGUACCUGAAGGAGGAGAGGCACUGAAUGUGUUCUGCGGCCACAGAAGUUGUCGAGUUUGGCAGUACUUGCUCGAGAUUCGCUGUCACAGAGAGGUGAAUUUCUGUAACGCCACUUUACGGAGCCGCUCUUCAGAGAGUGCUCUCGUUUCUGUGAGGUGUGAUUUCCUUUUUCUGAGCAGGAGGAGUAGAUGUUGUGUCCCAGGCAUCGCGGUGAACUGAGAACUCGAAUGUGGCAGCGUAUCUUGAAAACAGAUUUUGGUUUUAGAGCUACUUCUCUUUUGAAGUGGAAACGUACAAGCCUCAUUUAAUGCUCUUAAGUGUUUCAGGGUGAAAUCCAGGAUUUCUGGGUUGUUGUCCUUCAACGUGAAUGUAGUAGAUUUAGAUGGCAGAACUCAGCUGUUCAUCUUACUAUUAACAAUGAGAAUUUCUUGAAAUGACACCAAUAAUGCAAAUAACUGUGUUUGAGAAGAUACAGCGUAUUUACCACUUACCGCAACGAAUGUCUGUUUUAACUCUUGCAGGUGUCUGUUGUGUGUUUGCGUGUGGUCAACACUGCUGCGGACUUGCUCGAAGUGCUUCUUGCAUUUAGAGUGAGUUCUCUAGCGGCAUCUGACGUGAGUCGCUUGCAAGCGCAGAGUUUUAAAGGAAAGAAACUUUAACUGCUGGGAAUUCAAACGUGCCCAACGCCAAAAAAGAAGCACUAACAUCGUUUGUGUCCAACACUUCGAGUUGUGAAGCACAGUGUUCGUUAUGCUGACACACAGCAGACGCCUGUUUUUAAAGCCCAUAAAACUUGGGGUCAACACAGCUUGUCAAAGCAAACUCUUGACAGCUAGCGGGGGCGGUGCGGGAUCCCUUUCAGGAGGAGCAUCUUGGGUGCCCUUCCUUUUUUCCUCGUAAAAUAACAGUGGUUGUACCUGCCACUGGCUUUUGUAAGUCAAAGUUGUGCUGCGCUGGAGGGCAAUAAGGAAGAGGCAAGGCUGUGUUUGACGCCAGGUUUUCGGGUUUCUUAUUGAACGGAGUACCUGCUUCUUUAAAUCUGGUUUAUUUGUGGUUGCUGCUCUUGUUUUGUAAGCAAGGAUUUUAACACCCUUUGAGGGUAUUUAAUGUCAAAACAUAGUUGACUGGCAAUAUUUUCUUGCCGGCACUUAGCCACAUGCUGCCACCACGUCUGGUACAGCUUUGGCGGCUGUGCUGUUCUCUUAGGCUCCCAAGUGUGCACCAUCGGAGCAGCUGUCCACUAAAAGUCAUCUUGGCCAGGGCUGAGCGCGAGUAGAAGUCCGUCUAUAAUAUCACUUCUGUAUAGAGCAAAACAGAUGUAGCAGAAUUCAGCUCUCUUGUCGUAUUUGGCAUUAUGUUGCUCUAGCCAGAGCUCAGUAUUUCUUCGAACUUUAUGUGCAGCUGACGUUCCUAUAUUUCACGAGUUAGUUUGUUGAAUUAGUGUGGAAAAAGGAUGUCCUUUUCCUGAAUCAUUUUGUAGCCGUGCUUUAUGCUUUGGGGAAAGAACCUCAAAUGACUCAUACUUUUGUUUAAGAUUUUAUUUAAUUAUUAUUUUUUUUUAAAUUGGAAACUUUACGCAACUUCCUUGGGUGCUAGCCAGUGGCUUUGUUUGCUCCGGUCUAGUGCGUGGUCUGCUGCGGACUGGGAGUGCAGCACGAGCACCGAGGUUACCAUCAGCUCUGGAGGUUUCAGGCUCCUGGCUUAUGACUCCUGGUGCAUCCUUUUAAGCAUUGCAGAGGGAGAAGCGAUUUAUGUGCCAGGCAAAUCUUAACCCUGUUUUUUAUACGGCUGUCGAAAGACUGAAAUACUUUGGUGACAACUUGCUCAACCUCCUGUGGAGGGUGGAGAAGAGAGUUUAGGCUUCCCGCGUUGGCAGUGGAACGAUCUAGUUGAUGGUAACUGAGGUGAAAAGGCCUUAAGUAUUAAUGGGAAGGAGGAAUCGAUGAAAAUUGUGAAGACAGGUUCAAAAACUCUGAGGACUCAGGGAAAAUGGCUUGGAAAAUCGUAGCUCCUGGCUUUUAAGACAAACAGUGCUGAGGGCAGUACUCGUGGGGAGUCUGCUGUACGCCUGUUGAACAGAAACAAGAGUGGAGGAAAUCGUUGCCAUGCUACAAUUACAGAGUUUUUGGGGUUCUUUCCCCCUUGUCUCCCCUUUUUCUAACGACUUUCUGCAGAUAGCACCGAAGGACAGGUAUUCCAAUGAGUUAUAAAAGGAAUGAUGAGAUGAUUUUUAUAUCAGGCUUAAAGCAGACCGUAUUGUUCAGAGAAUGGUUAAUUGAAUAUACAACUUCCUGUAGUUUUAAUGGUGUGAAAAUGAUGGAUGAGAAAUCUUACUUGAAUAGUAACAGUUUUAAAUGAUAUUAGGUGUGUCUUUGAUUUGCCCUCUUUAAUAUUGGAAUUGCCUGCUGUUGGAAUUAUGCAGCAAAAUAAUAACAAAAGAGAGCCUUGUAAACACUACAUUUCACAUUUUUGUUGAUAAGUCGCCUUCAGGAAAUGUUCUUUGAGGAAAGUCAACCGAAUUGUCAAAGAUUCCGUUGAUUUUUCUCAUGGUUAAUUAUUUUGACAUGUCCCAUUAACUGUUGCUGAAAGUUGAAUAACCAUCAAUACUGUAAGCCUAGUUUAACCUCGGUCCAAAACCAAGCCCUGCACUACUUGUUAUGCAUCUAUACAUAGAAGGUGACUUCAUUGCAAGGUUUCGUGCCCGUGGGUGGUAUGACGUUGGGAGGCGAAAAUCUGUCGUAUACGUUUGUAUUGAAAUAACAUUUUCUUUCCUCCUGCAAGCAAAGCUGGUGGACUGCAGAAGACAACCGCAUGGGAUACCAAGCUCUAAUGGACCUUUGGGAAGAGAAGCUGUGGCUUGUGUGGAAUUUACAUGGGCCCCUUGAUGGAAGAAAGCUUAUCUGUUUAGUAUUUGUGCAUUUUACUAAAAUGGCAGCUUUAAAAAAAAAAAAAAAGUUGUGUAUCUGCUAUUGUGAUGCCAAUGCCCGUGUUUUAAGUGGAAAAAAAAUGACCUCUUUGCUUUGUGCUGUGUACACAAGAUUGCUGGAAAAGUAAAGGAAUACCCUUUUUAUGGCUCACACAGCUUAAAAGUAGCUGUCACUCAAACAUGCGCUCACAGUUGAGCUGAUUUUGUUUCAUUCUAAAUAAAUUGUUUCUUUUGAG